GCCUGACUUCCGUUUAGUCGCAGAGGCGAGGACGUCACCGGUGGGCGCGGCGGUUUUUUGGCUUUUUGGCGGAGGUUGUACUCCCAGGACUUGUCUGGAGUCAAGCUGCCCAAAUCACCUGUCCACUGAGCCGCACUCCUGCCUGCUGUUCCUACAACAGCCAUCAUGCCUCGAGGUCAGAAGAGUAAGCUCCGUGCCCGUGAGAAACGCCGCCAGGCCCGGAGUGAGACCCAGGGUCCUGGGAGUGCUCAGGCCACUGCAGCAGAGGUCGAAGAGUCCUGCUCCUCUCCUGUUUCUGAGGGUACUCCCUCAAGCCCCCCUGCUGCUGGCACUCCUCAGGAGCCUCAGGGAGCCCCAGCCACUAGCUCUCCUGCUGCAGGUGUCUCACGCCCAAGAUCUCACGUAGGUGCCAAGAGCCAAGUUGUGGAAAGUGAAAAUUCCUCCCAGGCCUCAGCCUCCACUGAGAGUUCUCGCAAAGCUCUUCUAACCAGGAAGGCAGAGAUGUUGGUGCAGUUCCUGCUGUAUAAGUAUAAAAUGAAGGAGCCUAUUAAGCAGGCACACAUGCUGAAAGUUGUCAACAAAAGAUACAGGGAGGAUUUCCCUGAGAUCCUCAAGAGAGCCUCUGAGCGCAUAGAGCUGAUCUUUGGCCUAGAAUUGAAGGAAGUCAAGCCGAAUAGUCAGUCCUAUACUCUUGUCAGCAAGCUAGACCUCAGCAACGAUGGAAGUCUGAGCAGUGGCUGGGGAUUUCCUAAGAAUGGGCUUCUGAUGCCUCUCCUGGGUGUGAUCUUCUUGAAUGGCAACCGCACCUCGGAAGAGAAGAUCUGGGAAUUCCUGAAUAUGCUGGGUGUCUAUGAUGGAAUGAAUCACUUCAUCUUCGGGGAGCCCAGGAAGCUCAUCACCCAAGAUUUGGUGCAGGAAAAGUAUCUGGAGUAUCGUCAGAUGCCCGACAGUGAUCCUCCAUGCUACGAAUUCCUGUGGGGUCCAAGAGCCCAUGCUGAAACCAGCAAGAUGGAAGUCCUAGAGUUUGCCAAAGUCAAUGAUACGGUUCCCAGUGCCUUUCUAUCCCAUUAUGAAGAAGCUUUGAGAGAUGAGGAAGAGAGGGCCCAAGCCAGAGCUGCAGCCAGAGCUGCCACUCCUGCCACGGCCAGUGCACGUUCCAGGGCCACAUCCAGCCGCUACUCUGACCCCUAGUGAGGUCUGAGGCAGAUUCUUCACUUUGUUGUUAACCAGUUUUCCUGAUAAGCAUGAAUAACUCGUUGACAUCUUUUUUUUCUGUUUCUCAAGUGGUGUUCAACAGAAAGUUUAUUAGAUUCAGAAUGUAAGUUUAUGAAUGACAUAGAUCACACAUUUAUAGCUGUUUGUCAGGUUCCGGGGUAACG